GCACAGGUGAUCGAAGCUUCUAUGGAAGAAAACAACAACGCCGGUAGCGAUUCAGACUCUAAUUCCGUCGAAGAUUCACAAGACUAUUACGAACCGAUCUCAGCCGUCGAUCUUGAUAACGCCGAUGACGAUGAAGAUGACAGUUAUCUUCCCAUCGGUGGAGAUGGUCUCUCUAACGGCCAUUGUAUGAUUCCGGAAACAGAGGAAAGAAUCUCCUCUAUUAGAAUAAACGAAGACGGAGAGAGCGAAGAAGAAACAGAGACGGAGACUGAACCGGAGAUCCGUAGAGCAUUUGAAGAGGACGAACGGCGUUGAAGAUCGCCGUUAGUGGGGGAGAAUGCCGUUAGGGUUAUGGAGGCAAUGCGAGCCAUCUCGUUCCCUGGAACGGCUCCUGAUUGGGCCUCCGAUGUUAAUGAGGAUCGUUGGAUUGAUCAGCUUCGAAGAUUGAGAUCCAUUUCUCAAUAAACUAAACACUACUUU